GUGGAGCAUCUCUUGGUGUCUGGUCGUAUCAGACUGCAGCUCUGAGGAUGGCUCGCUGUUUUCAGCUAAAAUGUCUUUUAAAAGCAGUGUUUAUAGGAAUCAUCAUUAUCUGUCUGAUAAUAUCCAUCUUUCUUCAGCUCAGUAUUAAUUCUGAUCAUAUAUGUGGAUGUAUUCGGUGUUUAACAGGAGAUAAAGAGGAUCCUUGGUUUACUCAGCGCUACAACAGCCAAGUACCAAAACUCCUCUCCAGCCAGAACAGUAACCUCAGUACAAAUACCAGCAGAUGGUGGCAGGGUCUUCAGCCUGGGUACACUAAGGUGAACUACAGUGCAGUGGUGGAGAAUUUGUUUGUAAUGUUUCCUGAUGAAGAUCACUAUUCAGAUUCUGGUCCUCAUCGCUGCAGACUGUGUGCUCUGGUGGGAAACUCUGGCAACCUGGAAGGAUCUCAUUAUGGACCAUUAAUAGACGCUCACAACUUCGUCAUAAGGAUGAAUACAAGUCCAACCAAAGGCUACGAGAAAGAUGUUGGGUCAAAGACCACCCACCGGGCCAUCUACCCCGAGAGUGCUAUAGACAUGGAUAACUCCACCCAUCUUAUUCUGGUACCAUUCAAAGCUCUGGAUCUACAGUGGCUCAUCAGCAUCUUCACCACCAAACACAUAAAACGCACAUACAGACCAAUUAAAAGCACAAUACAAGCGAACAUGGACAAGGUGAUGAUCUUGCACCCUGAGUUCAUCAUAUAUGUGUAUGAAAACUGGCUGCAGAAACAGGGCAAAUAUCCCUCCACCGGAUUCUUAAUGCUCGUAUUCUCUCUGCAUAUCUGUGAUCAGGUGAACGUAUUUGGGUUUGGCGCUAGAGAAGACGGACGGUGGCAUCAUUACUUUGAUAAAAAAUACGCUGUUUUCCAUAAUACACCUGAACACAAGGGGAGCGUCGAAUACAACAUCACUCUGACACUCCAUCAGAAAAACAAGAUCCAUCUUUAUAAAGGAAGAGGAUCCAUAUAAACUCUAUCUAUCUAAA